GCUGGCGGAGCGAAUAUGGCGACUUAUGUAGAAAUCAUCCGGCACGAGUUCCCCGACAUCGACUCCGAGCUUUUCCAAUACGUGACAGGUUUCCUUUGGAGUUUUUAAGGUCACUAGGGCUGUUUGUGACGAUGAGCAAGGUUGAAGUGUGGCACCGAUCUUCAGCUUCCCAACUGGGAAAGGUGUUCUGGAUAGCAGUGCUGCUGAUUUUGAGUCUGUUGAUGAAAUCUUCGAUGCAGUUGGCGAUGUUCUGCAAGAAGUGUCAGUUUCAAAAAAUAAAGAUGACGUACGAGAGAUUUGUCAAAAAAUGUUUAACACCCUUAAACUCAAUUCAUCCAACUCCUCAAAGUCAAAUGUGCUGUUGAAAGCUCCUAUACAGCUCUCGCAAAUGACUGGGCACACUGACCACAAGACCGAAGACGUCAAAGGAAUCUGGAUGAUGAGAAGGGAUUUAGGCACGACAGUAGAUGCUAAGAAACUUGAGAAAGCUGAAGCACGGCUAAAAGCAAAGCAAGAAAAGAGGACGGAGAAGAAUUCUCAGAAGACUGCAAAUCCUUUGAUUCUUGAGGAAGCCUCAGCCAGCCAAGCUUCUAACAAGAAGGAAAGCCGUUUGGAAGCAUCAGGAAAGAAUAAGUCAUAUGAUAUCAAGAUUGAGAAUUUUGAUGUCUCCUAUGGAGACAGGAGCUUGCUUACUGGCGCCGAUUUGCACCUUGCUUAUGGCAGACGUUAUGGCUUGGUUGGUCGGAAUGGCUUAGGGAAAACAACGCUACUGAAGAUGAUGUCAGCACGGAGCCUGCGCAUCCCAUCACACAUCAGCAUCUUGCAUGUCGAGCAGGAGGUAGUGGGUGAUGACACACAGGCGCUCCAGAGUGUGCUGGAGUGUGACACAGUCCGUGAAAGCCUGCUACAGAAAGAGAAAGAAUUGAACACAAAGCUGAAUAGUGGUGUGGGAGAUGGUACAGAGAGCAGCAAGCUAACUGAAAUUUAUGCAAAAUUGGAGGAGAUUGAGGCAGACAAGGCUCCAGCCAGGGCGUCAGUUAUUCUGGCUGGUUUGGGGUUCAGUUCCAAGAUGCAGCAACAGAUGACCAGGGAGUUCUCUGGAGGCUGGAGGAUGAGGUUGGCUUUGGCCAGGGCACUGUUUGCCAAGCCGGAUCUUUUGUUACUAGAUGAACCUACGAACAUGUUGGAUGUGCGAGCCAUCCUCUGGUUGGAAAACUAUCUACAGACCUGGCAGUCCACUAUUUUGGUGGUGUCGCACGAUCGCAACUUCCUAAAUGCUGUGGCGACCGACAUUGUUCACUUGCACUCUCAGUGCCUGGAUACCUAUAGGGGUGACUAUGAGAACUUUGUAAAGACCAAAGAGGAAAGAUUGAAAAACAAGCAGCGCGAGUAUGAAGCUCAGCAGCAGUACAGAGAGCACAUACAGGUGUUCAUAGACAGAUUCCGAUACAAUGCCAACAGAGCUUCUCAAGUACAGAGCAAGUUGAAACUGCUGGAGAAACUGCCAGAGCUGAAACCUCUUGAAAAGGAGCUAGAGGUGACUCUAAGGUUUCCAGACAACUUCGAGAAGUUGUCCCCUCCAAUAUUGCAGCUAACUGAAGUGGACUUCAGCUACUCCCCUGAGCAUCGCAUUUUCAUAAAUCUUUCCGUGUCAGCUGACCAGGACUCCCGGAUUUGCAUUGUUGGAGAGAACGGUGCUGGUAAAACAACGCUGUUAAAGAUACUGCUCGGGGACCUGACGCCGAAUCAGGGUAUCAGACACGCUCAUAGAAAUUUAAAAAUUGGCUAUUUCAGUCAGCAUCAUGUGGACCAGUUGGAAAUGAAUGUCAGCUCAGUCGAACUCUUGGCAUCAAGGUUUCCAGGGAGGCCAGAGGAGGAAUACCGGCAUCAGCUUGGUGGGUAUGGGAUAUCAGGGGACCUGGCUGUCCGGCCAGUUGCCAGUUUGUCUGGAGGACAGAAGAGUAGAGUGGCAUUUGCACAGAUGACAAUGGCCCAACCCAACUUUUAUAUCCUGGAUGAACCUACAAACCAUCUAGACAUGGAGACCAUUGAGGCAUUGGGAAAUGCACUACAGAAAUUUAAGGGUGGCGUGAUCCUGGUAUCUCAUGAUGAACGGCUGAUUCGUAUGGUAUGCAAGGAGCUGUGGGUGUGCAGCUGUGGUACUGUGAAGAGAGUGGAUGGUGGCUUUGACGAGUAUAAAGACAUUCUCCAGGAACAAUUUCGCAAAGAAGGAUUUCUAUGAGAUCGCAAUAUUCAGCCCAACUGUUUUCUAAGCUAGGCUGUGGGGACAGUUUGUCAGUGACUUGCUGCAUUCAUCAAGCGAGGCUGUGCAUAUAGCCCACUUUUGGCAUCUCCCUCCCACUUCCUCAUUUUAAGGAAUUGAUCGCUCUUGGUUCCCUAAAUUAGCAACCAGAGAUUUGUUUACACUAUUCCAGCUUUGGAACUUUUAUUACUAUUUGUUUAUCUAUAAAUUAGUACAUCGAUUAAUUAAACAAAUCCCUUCUACACCCUUCCCUGUUGAAUACGUGUAGCCCAUGCUGUCAGUUGGAAACCUGCAAUGAUGGCAGUACAAUGCAAUAACCUAUUGCUAAUGUAACAAUUAAUAAAUAUUUUUCCCUCCUCUCA